CAUCACACACGAUGCUGACUCGGGAACUUUGGAUCACCUCAGAUGAAAUCGCUCUGUAUGAUCGGCAGAUCCGGCUUUGGGGAGUCAAGGCCCAGGAGAAACUACGGUCCGCCAACAUUCUCCUGAUUACUUUGAAAGGGCUCGCAAACGAAAUCGCCAAGAACUUGGUGCUGGCCGGCAUUGGGAAUCUGACGGUGAUUGACCACGAAACGGUCAAGGAGGAGGAUUUGGGUGCCCAGUUCUUCGUCACGGAGGAGCACGUGGGCCAGAAUCGUGCGCAAGCCGCAGCUCCUUCGAUCCAUGCCAUGAACCCUAGAGUUCAGCUGCAUAUCGACACCGAUGACGUCCAUACGAAGCAACCCGACUUCUUCGCGGGAUUUGAUGUGACCAUUGCGACGGAGCUCGAUUAUGCUACCUACACCACCAUCAAUGCGGCAUGCCGAAUUGCAAAUCGGCCGUUCUACGCAGCGGGAUUGCACGGUUUCUAUGGAUUCGUGUUUGCCGAUUUGAUCUCUCACGAUUUCGUCAUCGAACGCGCCAAGUCCAACGUGCCGUCGACAACCCAAGAAACGCCGACCCGGAGCAUAGUCAACAUCACCACCAAGAAAGACGGCGAAAACGUAACCGAAAUGGUCACCAAGCGGGAGACCUAUUCACCGUUAAUCUUGGCCAACACUUCUCCCCUCCCCGAAGACUACACCCGCCUACCCCGGAAGCGUCGACAGGUGACCCCCCUCCUCACCUGUCUUCGAGCCCUGUGGGAGUUCCAGAAGCUCAGUGGAGGCCGGCUGCCUACUCCCUCUCUCCAGGAUCUGGAACUUUUCACAAAGCUUGCCCGAGACCGCCAUCAUGAGUUAAAACUGGACAUCAGCACUUUGGACUCUGUCUUCCUGCGGACGUUCCUGCAGAAUCUGGGGAGCGAGCUCAGCCCCGUUGCAGCCUUUGUGGGCGGUAGGCUGGCGCAGGACGUCAUCAACGUGCUGAGUGCUCGGGAACAGCCCAUCCAGAACCUCUUAUUAUUCGACGGCGAAAAGUCGCUUUCGCCCAUCUAUCCUUUACACCCUUUUUUCCCUCCCGAGUUGGAAAACGCUCUUCCGGCCGUGGUUCCCGUGGCCAACCCCAUCUCGGUGGAUGACGAGCCGACUACGGUCACUGAUAAUGGACAAGGGACCAAGUGAAGGAAGGUUCUUCCGUGGUUUUCCUAGCGCAAGUUAUGACUUGAUGUACUUUUAAUGAAAUUUCUGCGGCAUGACUGGCAUCUAUGCUGUGAAAAUCUUGCAUAGCACUCCGGAAUCUAAAUAAUGAUGUGUA